AUGACGUCGACCCGGGCAGUGAAGCCCUCUCUGCCACUCUCUGCUCGAGAUGUUCGAGAUGUUGCCCGCCGCGCGCAAAGGUUGGAUCAUGUCGCGGAGAUGCCGGAGGUUGUGGCUGCGGUUUUGCCUCAGCAGCUGAAGUUUCUAAACGCGCAGGAAAAGCAGCAAAAACAGGCAGAAGAAGUGAGCGCGCAUGACUUCUUCCAGAGGCAAGAUCUCCAUCAGAAGAUGAGAUCUCUGGCUCUGUCAGACCACUUUGACAAUUUCGGCAAGUCGAGAUUUCAAAGACUUGGACUGGCUUUUGCCGCCAAGCAGUUUCUUCCGAACGCCGUGACCCCGUGCAGCUCCUUACCGGCGCAAGCCAUGCAAGGCCCGACAUCCGAGACAGGAAAGCCUUCUGCGAAAGCAUUCAUCUUGUCACAGGAGGCGCUUGCUCAGGACUUUAAGCGGUGGAGCCAGCACACCCGAGAGAUUUCUGAUUCCAUCAGGGAAGAAGACCGUCACAAGGAUGCUGACGUCAAGAAGCGGCAAGUUGACAUACUGUUUGCAGAACUACCUGACCUGGAGGAGCUCCUCCCUGAAGUAAUUCCGCUUGAGACGUUGCAGCUGGAAAUCGAUCGGGAGAAGCCCGUGAAGCCGAGCUUCCCACGCAGAUGGCCAGCUCAGUCCAAGAAAUUCCGGCGAACAGAGUCUUUGGCGCUUACCGAGAUAUUCAAGGCUUGGUCCUUUGCUUCCUGGCCGCUGGGAGGUGCAGACCUUGGAAUGGACCGCGCGACAUUCGCUCGCUUUGUGCUGGAUGUGGGGCUCAUCAACCAGCGAAACGUUCCAUUGUUCUGGGGCCUAUCCCUUUUUGAUAGCUUGUCGCACGACACGCGUGUUUGUGCCAAGAACGAGCUGGUGCCUUUAGCAGCGCCGCUUUUGCCCGUGGUGAAGUGGUCGGACCUCCUAGCGAUAGUUGAAGCGCUUGCUUCGCAGCACUUUAACGCAUCCACAUCAGCCCUGCGUCUCAAGUUCAUUGAGAACAUUGCGGAGAUAUCCCGAUUUCGGCUUCCCCCAUAUGCCCUCAAGGCUUUCAACAUCACGCAAACGCAGCUCGAGUUCGUCAUUCAAGGAGUCAAGCCUGACACCAAUGAAAGCGAGGACGAGGCGAAGGGACACCAGGACUCCGUGGAAGCGAUUCGUUUCUUGCUCUCAAACUGA